UUCAUAUACCUUGUACCGCCUGUUUAAUCUCUAUAUGGCCUUGGCAUUUUUCCAUAUCUGUUGCGGGUUCUAUUUUCUUUUGAUUCCCCGUGUUUGGGCUUGGCCGCCAUAAAAUCCCUAUUCACAUGACAAGAAUCAAGCUCUUAUAGCGAAGGAUGACGGACGCACGCCAUGAACGGACGUUUCUGUUGUAAUAUCAUCCCUGAUUCAUUGGUUCAUCGACGGAUGGAUAAUCAUACUGUGGCGAUUCCCCUUCUUUUCGAUUGUUUUGAGCUUAUCGUUUUAUUCCCCUUCCUGUUUAUUGGUUGUCUUUUGUUUAUUGAUUUACUUUUUCACACUAUGAAUUACCAAUAUACCUUAACCGACUCUUGCUAUAAAUCAAGCUCCAUUUUAGCACAUCUCGAUGUAAUUUACUUCGUAGCCCUUGACAGCCUUUAUGACCUCUUUUAUCCCUGUCCGGCACUAAGAUGGGAUAUUGAUCAAAUGGUGCUAGUAGUAGUUACUAGAUGUCAGCAUAUCCCCCAGCUUACCGAUUAAUAGAGAAAUUUGAGAUUGUAUGUCUUAGACUGCCUGUUUCCUUUUCGUGGUUUGUGUUUGUCUUGGGUGCAGACAGAAUUAAGUCGAGAAAAUAUACCAUCGGAGUUAUACAUCUUAGUACU